CGGUGAUACCCUACCACGUGACUUGACCAUAUAACCAAACGUCGACUGCACAUACCCGUCAAAAGCUUGUGGGUGCAGCUGGACUAUCAACAGCAUGUGGGCUGUAAGACUCCCCGCCUUCCUCACAUGUAUCGGAGUGAUCUAUGGGUAUGGCGGGUACAGGGACCGCAUACCCAAUGGCCACAACCUGACCCACCCUUGUGUGACGGGGGAGAUGUGGCAGGGGGUUGGGCAUGUGAAACCCGCAGGUGGAGGCGACAGAAAUCAGUUUGGUAUUGAUUUUGCCAAUCAAGGCAGAAAGUGGGCUAAUGUGUGUGAAAUGGACUCCGAUGGUGAUGGAAUGACAAAUGGUCAGGAAUUGGGUGACCCCCAGUGCAUCUGGACACCUGGAGCCACGCCCACACGCACCGCUGGUCUCACACACCCAGGCUAUUGUGAUACAUCUUCAAGCCAGACAUGUGAUGGACUUGCCACAGCUCCAUGUCAAAGUAGUAAAUUUAACUGCCCUGCAGCCACAGAAGAAGGAGUCAAGAAACGGGUUCUGAGGAUUCCACGAACGGCAGUACCAGCCAAAGAAACCACCUACAUUUGCAUGACCUUUGACUUGGAUGACUCACAGGAUUACCACAUGAUUGCCACUGAACCGGAAAUAGACAAUGUAGAUAUCAUGCACCAUAUCAUCCUUUACGGCUGUACUGAUGACGCGCCCGCUAUUGAAAGUCCACGAGAAUGUGAUAUGUCUACCCCUUCUUGCGAAGAAGUAACAGGCUCGUGGGCUAUUGGCGUACCUGGUGAAUGUUUCUACAGAGAAGCUGGCUUCAGAAUUGGCAAAACCGGCUACAAAAGGGUCCUGCUUGAGUUUCACUGGAACAACCCCCAAAAGAUAUCUGGACAGAUGGACGGCUCAGGCUUCAGCAUCUACUACACCCCCAACCUUCGCCCCUACGACGCGGGAGUCUUUUGGACAGGUGAAACCCACAUUGUGAUCCCACCGGGACGGAGCAGGACCGUGGUCGAAUCUAUGUGUCCAUCACGGUGCACCAAGAAGAUCCUGAAAGACACCAUCUAUUUGAUUACAGGAUUCAACCAUAUGCAUUACAAAGGCAUCGCACAGACAGUGGAACUCUUCAGCGGAGACACGAGAAAAUAUCUCACAAAUGAUCAAAGCUACAGCUACGACAAUCCAUCUGACGUGCUAUAUGAUCCGCCAGUGGCCGUUCAUCCUGGUGAUUCCCUGAAGACGACUUGCGUAUUCCGAUCGGUGUCUUCUAAGACAACUACAUUUUACGGUGACGCGACAAGUGACGAGAUGUGUUAUGGUAUAUUCACCUAUUACCCUAAAAAUGCCAGCAGGAACAACGUCUGUGUAACUUGGAAGACACUCAACCACUGUGACAUGGACAGCGGAGUACUUAUGGGUUGCAGCAUUGCCGAUUUCUUCAAUAAUUCACAUCCCAACACGAAAAUGGUUAUGGACAAGGUGUUGGACAACUGCAGUCCCUACGGUGGAUGUCGCGAGGAAUGUCCCGCAGCUAUUGCUGAGGUUGAAAAGCAUCCUUGUCUUGCAAAGGGUGUAACGCAGGAUUAUAUGCUAACCCUGAGGUCCAGAAACUAUCCAGAUCUCAAGACAACGCGAUUUGUAGCUGCCCUUGGAUCCUGUUCAUGCAGGAAGGACGACAACAACGGGGACUUCCCACCUCACACUGGCGGAGCAACGUCUCAUGACGUUCUUGCAUCAAGUGUUGUCCUCGCAUUCUCUGCAGUAUUACUUUUUUAGAUAUCUCUGUGUGUUAAUACAACCGUAUAUAACAUGUAUAUCCUUCGAAACUCCGAAAGGCCCAUUGUAAAAUCGCUCUGAAUUUUGAAGAUAUGUUUAGCGAAAUCAAUGAUACAUUAACAUAUAUAUCUUGAGGAGAAGGUCACAGCACAUUAUCAUCUUUUGUGUACUUUGACAUUAUUAACAAUACUAAACGAUUGUGGUGAGUGAGUGAGUUAAUAUUUAACGUCACAUCGGCAAUAUCUCAGCCAUAUCGUGACGAAAACACUUUAUACAA